GCCAAUCACUGCCUGAGGUCCCCCUCUCCGCUGCCGGAAGGAGCCGUUCCCCAGAGCAACCCCCACUUCCGGCUAUCUGAAUUUAGCCGGGAGAGACAUGAGUAAAAGCCGGGCGGAAGCGGCGGCCGGAGCCCCUGGGAUCCUCCUGAGGUACCUGCAGGAGCAGAACCGGCCCUACAGCGCCCAGGACGUGUUCGGGAACCUGCAGAGGGAACAUGGACUGGGCAAGGCAGCGGUGGUCAAGGCGUUGGAGCAGCUGGCCCAACAAGGCAAGAUCAAAGAGAAGAUGUACGGCAAGCAGAAGAUCUAUUUUGCCGAUCAGGACCAGUUUGACAUAGUGAGUGAUGCUGACCUCCAAAGCCUGGAUGCCAACAUAGUGGCCCUCACUGCUAAGGUGCAGAGCUUGCAGCAGAGCUGCCGCCAUAUGGAGACUGAGCUGAAGGAGUUAACUAGUACCCUGACCACUCCGGAGAUGCAGAAAGAGAUCCAGGAGUUAAAGAAGGAAUGUGCUGGCUACACUGAGAGACUGAAGAACAUCAAAGCAGCCAGUAAUCACGUCACUCCAGAAGAGAAGGAGCAGGUAUACAGAGAGAGGCAGAAAUACUGUAAGGAGUGGAGGAAGCGGAAGAGGAUGGCACAAGAGAUGUGUGAUGCAAUCCUUGAAGGAUACCCCAAGAGCAAGAAGCAGUUCUUUGAGGAAGCUGGGAUAGAGACGGAUGAAGAUUAUAAUGUCACACUCCCAGACCCCUGAGGGGCUCUUGGUAGGAAUUAGGAGAUUGGAGCAGAGAUGCCCUGGC